ACAUGAGAGCUGACAUCUGGGGACAGAAUCUCGCUUUUCUAGUAAAGACAAAAUACUGGAUGGCGGUCAUUUUCUGAGACAGAAUGACCAUUACAACUUGCCAGAAGGUUACCCUGAUAUCAUGCUCUGUUCUUUGUGUGUCUCUCUUCCUGCCCAGGAUGCUUUUACCCAGAGGAAAAAAUGAGAGGGGCCAGUCUGAGGUUGGACCUGGGUUUUACCCUCCUGGGAUGCAUCAGCUGUCAGUGUCAGACGACCCGGAGCGGUGGGAGGUCGAUUCUUCUCGCCCCCUCACACACACCGUUGAAGCCAGGGUUAAAGUUCAAAGUAUUGGGCGGGGCAAGAAAUACAACCUGAUGGCUCAAGUCAUACCCACAUAUGGCUUUGGGAUUCUGCUUUACAUCCUUUAUAUUAUGUAUAAGCUAACAUGCAAGGGAAAGGUGAACAACUCAGGGAUCUAUUCAACAGACAAGACAAAAACCACAUCAAACACAAGUGCUACUGAUUAUGAGCUUGCCAGGCUUCAGGAGAAACUUCUGCAAACAGAAAUGAUGCUAGAGAGGAUCGUCUCAGGGAGGAGUCAUUGUUCUUCAAGUGGCAGAAAGCGAAAGAGCAAAACUUCAACAUCAAAGAAGGAAGAAAAACUCCUGAGGCAACUCCGACAGAUCACACUGCUGAUGCAGGAGGGCCGUUUGGAGGGAGCCUCUCCCGAGAUGGAGGCUGAGGAGGUCCCCUACGGUGCAGAUUGGGAAGGCUAUCCAGAGGAGACUUAUCCAGCGUAUGAUGAGUCCAGUGAUAGACAUAAGUAUGAGACCAUUAAGCUGGAGGAGGAUCCCAGCCAACCCACUGCUGAGGCCCUUGCAGAGAGGAUGGAGCAGGAAGAGGAAGAGAUCAUGGCCAGGAAACUCUCCAUUGUGGAAGAGGAAGAUGAAGAGGAAGAGGAAAAAGAGGCAGAAGAAGAAGAUUUAGACGAGGAAGACGAAGAGGAUGAAUUAGAAGAAGUUGUGGAAGUAGAAGAGGAAGCAGAAGAGGACAAAGAGCUUGAAUAUGUGGAGGAGGAAGAGGAGGAAGAAGAGGAGGAAGAAGAGGAGAAGAAACAGUUGCUCAUUCCUGCUCCUCCUGUUAUUGGCAGAAAGCCGGAAAGAGUCGGUUUGGAGGUGAGCAAAGAGCUGCAACAACACAGGGGAGGGAGGAAGCAAAUAACCUUCAGUGAGAAGAAACACGUGUUCCACUAUCCCAAAGAGGACACCUUCGAGGAAGAGGUGGAGGAAGAGGAGGAGGAAACAGAGGAGGAAACGGAGGAGGAUGUAGAAGCAGAAGAGGAGGAGGAAGCUGACGAUGAUCCUCUGAUGGAGGCAGAAAGCCUGCAGUUUAGUUGUGAAGGCUCUUCAAAUCCAGAGGAACAAGCAGAGGAAGAUGAAGAGGAGUAUUUGUUAACUUUGGCACCGACGGAAGAUGAACAUCUGAUUCCCGCAGACGUCCCAAAAGAGGUCGGACAGAAUGUCCUGAGGAUGAGAAACAGGAGAGAAAGAGAAAGUUUUACAGCAACCUAAGCAACCAAUUAAAUUCUUCAUAAUCCAUCAGUAAAAGGAAGAAGGAACAUGUUACAUACCUAAUUUCUAUUUUGAAAUACUUUCACCUCUGCUUGUUUUUAUGUCACUUAUCACUUAUUUGAAACUUUGUUAAUCCCUUCUUUCACAUAUUUGUCAUGAACAGUAGUAAUGGAGAGCGGAAACGUUGCUGUAAAUUACACUUAUCAGGCAAGUAUCAUCACCAACAGGGAGACUGAGAAACAAAACUCUUGUAAAAAUGCAACACUCUGCUGACAGGUACAAGUGACACAUUUCAGAAACAAGCUUAAUAAAAGGGUAAAACUCACCACAUUGCAUAAGUUUUGAAGCCAACACCCUCAUAACAGAAAAAAGCAAUUCACCACACAUUGCUGACAUCUUGACUGACGUCCCUGCUUUUUUGGGAACAUAAGAUGAAUAUUUGGCUCCCCCUUAUGGUUUGGUUUGACUGAGCAGGGUUGAAUAAGCUGCAACAUGAUGAGCUCCACAGAUUAUCCCAACUCCUCACUGAAAUGAUGUUCCUUCAGGGAAAAACGAUCAACUGUCUUUGCUGAUAAGCAGCAAUAACACCAAAGACAAUGGCUACGACAUAGUGAGAAACAUACAUGAUUUCUCCCCCCCAUCCCCAAGGAAUGACCUAAUUCUCAACGUGGAGGGGUAAUAUUUUUAUAAAUACUAGAAAUGGCUAUUUGUUUGUUUACAUUUUGUUUCUUAAGAAAGACCUGUUUUGUUUGUUUUAGUUUUGUGUCAUGGCUUGCUUUUCAAGUAUUUAGGUUUGUCUACUGACGUUUACAAUUAAAUCUGUAAGUGUCCACCAUC